AUGUCAUUGUUGUGUGAGAAAUGUGGCGGUUCGGGCGUGGAUUGUUCGUGUGAUUGUAAUGAAGAUUCGGACAGUGAAUGUGAGAGUGACCGUAAAUGUGACAUGGAAGUAACUGUCAAAGAGAAAAUUGAACAACCCAAGCUGAGAACUGACAAGUGUGAUCAGCCGUCCGUGACGAAGGGCAAGACGUCGUCAGGCGUAGGCGAUCAAGACAAGCUCAUGUCUACCCAAGAGAGCCAAGCUGAAAUUGAUGACGAGGUUUUAUAUACAGAUGAAGAUAUUUCGAAAGUGAAUGACUGUAAAGACGGUGAAAAUGAACUGAGUGAAGCAAAGAGAGUGACGCGAAGAUCAAGACUUGUGAAAAGACCAGCUGAUGAGACGGUGUGGAGCAUUGUGGAGGGAAGAAAGGAAAAGCGAGAGAGGAGAGUGUCGGAUGAAAGAAAAAAGGAUGGGUGUACUGUGAAUGAAAGAAGAGAGAAUGAUGGAAAGAAGAAUGAGGUUAAAAGUAAAAAUAAAAAAUAA